AUGACGGCUGGCGCCGGCGAGCCCCACCGCGUAGUCCUCCUUCUCGACCUCGAUCCCCUCCUCCCUACCCCCAGCUCAAGCAGCCCCGCCUCCGCCGCCGCCGCCUACCUCGCCGCUGUCCUGCCCGCCGCCACCUCCCUGCUCGCCGCCUCCCGGUCCGCGGCGUCCCUAUCCGCGGGGCGCCUCUUCUUCUCCUCCCUCUCCCCGAUCCUCUCCUCCUCCCUCCUCCCGAGGCUGCUCCCGGCCGCCCCCACCCCGCUCUCCUUCGACCUCCACCCGGCCACCCUCGCGUCCCUCGCCCCGCUCCGCCGCCUGGCUCUCCGGGCGGCCCCCGCGCACCCGCGCGUCUCAGCUUCCUCGUCCGUCGCCAAGUCGCUCCUCCAGCUCGAGCACGACUACUCCUGGGACCACGAGCCCCAGCGCCGCCGCGGCGGCUUCGAUCCGCCGCCCAAUUUGGUGUCUCUCUUCACGCCCGCCGCGGAAUUCGACGAGUUCGGGGACGGCGCCAGCUUCGUCGAGAAAUUUCGCAAGGUCUUCGGCCCUGUCAGGGACCGCCUCUCGGCGAUUGGCCUACAGGUGUGUUGGGUCGCCGUCCCCUCCGCCUCCGCAGCCGCCAGUGAGGGGAUCAGGAGGGCGGUCACCGAGCUGGGCUGGUGGUUCGCUACCGCCGAUGCGGUCGCGUUGGGGUCGGCCAUUGCACCGCCGGCGCUCGUGUGGGGAGGUGUUGGACCUGGCGGCGGGGAAGGUGGACGGCGAGGGGAGGUGGUAUUGGAGAUCGCGGAUGUGGAGGGCAAGCCACUCGUCUGCAAGGGCUGUGGCGUCGAGGUGGUUGGCUCCGCACGGUUGCAGCAGGCCAGCGGCAAUGCCGUGUGCAGGAUACAUGUCAAGUCGGUGUGUGAGGUGGGGAAUUGGGAGCGGUUGAUGGGUGGGGAUGGCGAUGUUGCCGUGGUUCGAGGGUUCCAACGGGAGGGGAGCAAGGGUGACGGGGAAGAAGCUGUAGAUAAGGAGUAUUUUCCUCAUCGGAUUCUUGAAUUGAUCCUUGGUGAUGAGAAGGAUCGAUUAGGGGUUGCCAAACCAAUUUGGCAGCUAAUUUUGGUGUUCCUUAGUAGAAGGAACUAUUGUGCAGUAGUCUCAGUUUCUGAUGGAGACGGGCACUCUGUAGAUGGCGUUCUCAUGCCCUUCUCAAUGAACUGUGCAUUACUUCAUUUUGAGAAGAAUGGUAUUGGUUUAGGCCUGGUGUCUGCCAAAGCUUCCGAGACGCCUGGUAGUGGUGCAUCUGAUGAGACAAAGGUGCAGAGUGAGAGGAAGAAGAGAAGCAGGCUGGUCGGUAAGCUACUUGAGGUGACCACCUGGAGUACCUUCUGUGACAUGCUCCUCAAACACGCUGAUGGAAUCAUGCCGGUGGUGGACUUGGAAGAACUAUAUUUCAGCAGGUAUGGCACCGCAUCCAAAAAGUUGCGGUUUCUGAAAUGUUGGAUGAAACAGGUGAAACAGUCUUGUCUUAGUACUCUAUCGAGCAUACAUACAGAAGGACAGAAGCGUCUUCCCUCACAGGAUGAUUCAGAAGCAAGAGUUCUGGUUUCAGAAGAAGAUGCUUCAGCUGGUCUUGUCAAUUUUUCGCUGGAUGAAGCAGAUUGCCAAAAGGUCGACACACCAGUGGAUGAAGCAGGUUGCAGUAAAGUGGGCAUGCCAGUGGAUGUAGCAGAUUGCAGUAAAGUGGACAGAUCAGUGGGUGAAGAGAGUUCAAUGUUCUCUUCUAUGGAAGAUUUAGAAGCAUUUCUGGGAAGUGUCCCUCAUAAGAUUGAGCAAGGUCUUUGUUCUGAAGAUGCUGAUCUGGGGAGUUUAGCUGAACGUUUGGUUGGCUUGUCUGUCCAUGCAAUGUUGGUUAAGCACGGAAAGAUUGCAGUGAGGUACUUUGAACACAAUGAAGCAGAAGAUGUUUCUGGUGCAAAAAUUGCAUGUGAACUUUCCAAUAUUUUACUGAGGAAACCCAAAGAACUGGCGUCAAAGUACAGAGAAAGUGAUUCAGUGCCUGCUGCAUCACAACAAACUGCAAAAUACAGUACAUGUUGUAAAAUUCGAGAGCAUGAGCUGCAGAUUUUGCUUAGAAUGGAAAUGAUCAAAUCUGAACUCGGAUCUGCUAUAGGGGAAGGUUCAAAACAGAAAAUGAUAAAAGACAUCUGCUCACUUUUGCAAUUUAUUGACAUCAAUCUCCAAGGGGAUUCUUUUCAGUCUGACAGUAUUCUUGAGUAUGCUGAAAAGACCAUAAAGUCCAGGUACAUCAACUCCAUGGAGGAUGUGAUCAAGAAGAUCUACACGGAGAUGGAGUUCGAUUUAUUUGACGAAGACGACGACGAAGUCGACUAUUCAGAUUCUCUACCCAGCAGCAGCAACCAGGAAGACGCAAACCGGUGCCGCAGCCACCGGGGCUCCGCCAGCACGAGCGCCUCCGCGCUCCAGCUGCUGCAGCGGGACGCAGGGAGCAGCCGGCAACGCGAGGACGACCGGCACGACGAGCUGAUGGCGAGAGCCCAGGAGCGGCGGGACCGGCAGAGGCGUCUCUCCUCCUUCACCAGCUGGGUGCCCGACCUGCGCCGCGUGUGGGCGCUCAAGCACCCCGGGAAGGAGCCGUGCGCGCGGGUACCACGGUCCAGGUCGUGCUCCAAGCGGAGGAAGCGGCGGCGGGCAGCGUUCACGGACGUCGUCUUCGAGACGCCGGUGACCGCCGCCAAGAGGCACGAGAGCGGGUCAGAGUCACCGCCGGGGUCCGAUGCCGGCCAUGGGGCGGCGAGGGCAGCCGCGCUCGGGGCGGUGUCCAAGACCUUGUUUGAUGACGAGGAGAUUGAGACGGACGUGAGCUCGAGUAGCACCUAA